AUGCAUCUAGGCGAAGAGAUUAAAGGGAGAGAGAGAGAAAGAAGGAAGGAAUUAGUCUCAAUGCGCAUUUAUGUGCAUGUGCGGGAGAAGGUCAUUGCACUGGAGUGCGGGGAUGGCACGCAAGAUGUGAUUUGGCUCGGCAAUGCAGCCAUGGUGCACUACGAUUCAUCGUUUGGACGCAAAUACGGGUCGCCGAAGUGCAUCCAAAAGGAAGGUGGGAUCACAUGCGACCCGGAUGCUCGUGUGUGUGAUUUGCUCGAUGACAACCAGCACGUGUUCGCCGUUCUUGACACGGAUGACGAUGAUGAAAAUGAAGCUACUCCGUAG